CGAGGAAUAGUGAGUGAAUGUAAUCAAUAUUUUUUACUUUAAAGCUAGAUUCUUUUUUCGCAGCUUGAAUUAAAAAUGAGACGACUAGUCAUAGGAUUUUUGUGCAAUUUAAUGCUGCUAAUAAAUGCGCAGUCACAUCUCGAAUACGACGGCUGGCUGAACAUAGAACUUUAUCACGCGCUCGAUAUCCACGAGCCGCAAAAGUUUACUCUUCGCGGAAAUGUAACUAUCACCAGCUUGAACACGGGAGCGGCAACUGUUUCGCAGGAAUCCUUGUCCGCCCACGAACGCAAUCAACUGCGCCAGCUGGCUGAGGAGAAUCGCUUAUACCGUUUGGAGGCUCAUGUCGUUGGGGAAGAUGGCUCGCGGUCCAAGUUCUUGACUUCAUCGAAGGCGUGUGCUUUGGCCAAAUCACAACUGACGGAUGUGCUCUGGGUUUCACUUGAUCAGACUGGUUCGGUAAUCGGCAUUACCCAGUCGGUUAAUCAUGGAAAUUUUGGUGAUUGCCGAGAUUUAACCAAUCGGGACAUCGAUGUGCUGGAUGAGUUCAAUACUGAUGUGUACGUGAAACCGAUCGAAAAUGCACCGGUUCCUGAUACAGCCAGCUUCAUUCAAAAGUUGGAGAGGGAACGAGAAGCCCGAGAACGCGGGGAGACCAAAGAUAAUCGGGGAUUGUUUGCGAAAUACUGGAUGUACAUUGUUCCGGUUGUGAUUCUGGUUCUUAUUUCGGGAGCAACCAAUCCGGAAGCGCAACGUUGAACCAAACAAAUAUCAUUACUACUGUAAUCUAAUUUAUUGAUAGGAAAUUGGCAUCCGUUAAAUAAAUUACUGACUUGGGAACCAA